AUGGCAAAGAAGAAGUCCGCUAGCAAACAAAAGAAUAAGAAGGGCAAGAACCAAGAGACCUCUGGUGAUCAGACACCUCAGCCCGACCCUCCUGUUGUUGAACAACAACAAGAAGAACAACAAGAGGAACAACAACAGCAACUAGAACAACAAGAAACACCUCAGCCUGAGCUAUCUACCCCUGAGCCAGAACAACAAGCAGAGACAGAGGAACAACAACCACCACCAGAGGCACCUCAACCUGAGCUCUCCACUGAGGAGCCAGCGGUCCAGCCUGAGAGCCAACAAGAGGUCCAACAGGAGGACCAGCAAGACCCGCAGCAAGAGCAAUCGCAGCCAGAGGUCUCCACUGAAGAGCCGGUACCAGAGCCCCAGCAAGUAGAAGAGCAAGUUCAGGAGCCACCGACAGCUCAGCCUGAGCCCACAUCGGAACAAGCAGAAGAGCAACCAGAGGGUCUGCAAGAACAGCAAGACAUACAACCUGACGAGCAGCAACACGAACAAUCACCCACUGACGCUGAAGCUCAAAUCGAAACUGAAGCUGUAGCUGAACCUGCAGCUGAGGCGCCGAUCGAAUCACAGCCGGCAGAAACAGAGCCCGUAUCUGAAACCGUACCAGAACCUGCACAAGAGUCAGAGUCGGUGCCAAACCAAGAACCAGAACUGGAGCAACCACAGGCUUCCGUCGAGCCAGACUCGACUGUGCCCGUAGACGAGGCACCAGUCCAGUCGCCGGCGAACGAGGAGGGUGGGUUCGAGCAACCGGAAGUUCCUGAGCCCGCCCAAGUUGAGCAAUCCGACGUGAACGAUGUGCAGACCUAUUCUGAACAGCCACAAGAGUCGAGCUGGGAGGAAAUAGGCACAUCGGAACAACACGCGGGUGACGCUGAGGAGCACCACGAGACCAACCCUUUCCAAUUUGAAGCUAGCGGCGCCGCUGAAACAGUCGAGGAGACGCCAGUAACAGCACCGCAGACACCGCUGGAUUCUUCAUUCGUCCCGACCCAGUCGUGGGAGCCCUUGGAGGAACCACAGCCCCAGGCGGACAGCUCAUUCGUGGCAGCACCCUUUGGCUCCAACACCGGAGCUCCAGAGACUUACUCGCAUAUUCCUGAAAUGUCUGAGCCUUUCGCCGACACUGUGGUCGCUCAACCUACUCCUUUCUCUGAUACGUUCGCCCCCUCGAGCGCUACUCCCGCUUCGAAGCCUGGUUCUCCGAUUCCUCAAAGCGGUUCACCAAUCCAACGCACUGCAUCCCCAUCUUUCAAGUCUAUGUCGCCUGGUCCUCAGAGCGCUGCUGCUACACCACGUGCCACUUCACCGGUGCACCAAUCUGCGUCGCCAGUUCGACCUUACCAUUCUCCGGUGCAGCAGUAUACCUCACCGAUGGCCCAACCCGCCUCGCCAAUACGGGAAGCAACGGUUCUGUCGCAAAGGAGUGCCUCUCCCACACCGCCAGGCGCUUCUCCCGUAUUUCAAUCAGCUUCACCCGCCGUGCAACAAUAUUCUCCAGUGCAGAAGGUUGCAUCACCUGUGCAAAAGACCGUGUCACCUGUACAGAAACACGUCUCGCCUGUCGCGAAACCCGCUUCACCCGUUCCGAAAGUCAGCAGUCCUCUAGCACGUGGGCACAUGUCUCCCAUGAUGUCUCCACAGAUGGCUCCUCCGCCAAUGACGGCGAGGAUGCAUCAACAGCCAACCGCCAUACCGCCCUACCCCCCCUCCUAUCACUCGCCUAUCAUGAGCGCCAAUGGCUUCCUCCCCCAGUAUGCCUAUUACCAACCUUCCCCCAACAUGCACCCGACCCCUCGAGGCUCAAUAGACCCCGGGUCGGCUGCUUCCUUCCAGGCUUUGCAGAACCUGGGAUUCGGCAAUGGCCAUCCUCUCAAUGGCAAAGGAGGUACCAUCUCGCCUCCGCACGAACAUGAGGAGCCUAUUGAGCUUCUCCAGAGGAUCCAGGAUGCCAUUCCCGACAUCGGCCGGCUGCUCAAUAGCUACAAGACCACCAAGGGCAAGUUGCAGGCGCGGGAGUCCGAGUUCAAGCAGAUGAAGAACCAACAUGAGCAGGAAUUGAUGCACAAAGACUUCUACAUCGAUGCCCUGCAGAAUCAGAUGCGGAAGGCGGCCAGUGAAAGUGCGGAGGAAUCAACGAGACUGAAGAAUACCAUCAAUGAACUUCGCAUGGAGCUGGGCAACGAGAAUGAGAAGAAGAAGGACCUUCAGGAGAGGCUACAUGAUUCGGAGAAGGCCAAUGAGGAGCUAACGCAGACGAAGGCCGAGCUGGAGGAGGAGGUCAAGACCCUCAACACCAACCUUCAAGAGGCACAUGAGACCUACGAGAGGGAUAUGGAGGCUGCCAGACAAGACAAGGAGUCAUCUCUUGCCACUCAGAAGAAGGAGCUGACGGAGAUGUUCGAGGAGAUCAAGGCAGAAGACGAGAAGGCAGCAGCUGAGGCUCUCGCGGCACGCGAGCGCGAGUUGCUCGACCAGCAGGACGCGAUGAAGAACGAUUACGAGAACCAGAAGCAACAGAUGCAGGAAGCGCACGACACACUGCAAGCCGAUUUUGACUCCAAGGUUGCCGAGCUGGGCUCGACAAAGGAAGAACUUGAAACCAGAACUACCGAACUCGCAGACAAGCAGAAGGAACUGGAGGUUACCAUUGAGACCAACGCCAAGGAGAUGGAGGACCUUCGUCAGGCCCACGCUAGCGAAGUCGAGUCCCUCAACAACAGCCACGCAGAGAAGGUGGCAGAGAUGGAGAAGGAGCACAGCGACCGGCAGCAGAAGUGGGCUGAUGAGAAGACCGACUUGGAGGGACGGCUCUCGGACAAGAUCCAGGCCUUGGAAUUCUGCGAGCGGGAGAACAAGAAAUUGGAGGAGGAUAAUCUUGUCAAGGAGAAACAGGUUCAGCAUGCGGUGGAUGGAAUGCGCCUCACCAUUGAUAAUUUGGACAAAGAUUGCGACAGGUUGAGAAAGACUCUUCACAGCCUUGGAGAAGCCACUGACCUCAAGAGCACGAAGGGUGAUACAUUCUUUUUGGAUUGUUUCGGCCAACUAUCUCGGCUUAUUGUCUCCUUGUCCAAGGAGCACUUCUCGUACCUUCCAAUUGAUCCUCCCAAGGACAUUCUAUCCAAACUUCCAUCGGAACUACCAUCGUUCCUUGAUAACACCCCGGCAUCCGUCGAGCUUCGUUCAGCAUAUGUUCAGCAUGUCAUUUCUAAGACCUUGACCUACCGCAUCUUCCAUCCCUUCCUGUUCACCUUGGGCCGCCGGUUCGAUAAGGCCGAUACCUUCUUCCAGAUGCUGUCGAUGGAUAUCCGCCGCAAGUCCGUGAGACGGGAGGCGUUCUGGAGACAGCAGACACUGAAGGCGGCGUACACGACCUCGGACGCCAAGCAAUCGAUCAACGUGGUGGCGGCCGUCAUUGUUGACGAGAUCAUCGACCAACUCAAGCACUUUGCCGACCCGAAGAACCUGGAUGCUCUUCUCGUCUCAGUCCGCAAGAUUGUCAAGCUUGCAGCUGAGACCUGGCGACUUGCGCGCGUGGAGCGAGAGCUGAUCCUGGCCUCGUUGCCGUCACCCGAUGCCGAUGCCGUUUCCAAUGAUGACUGGGAAGAGUAUGGCACCCCCAAGGAGGGCAGCCUUAGCUCCAAGGAAGACCCCACUCGUCAUGUUAUCCUACGCACCUUCCCCCGGAUCACGCGCGAGGCAGCGCACGAGGAUUUCGCGAUCGAUGAAGAGAAGUACAACCCCUGCACAUACUCCCGUGGCUGUGUUCUGUACUCCGACUCCCCUGUGGUCAUGGCCCGUCUCCAAGAGUUGGCGAAGAAGUCAGAAGACUCGCCUCGUCGUGGUUCAAGAGACUCGAGCCGCUCAGAUGGGUCGCCCUCUCCCCGCCGGAGUCGGGACGGCAUGAGGGCAUGA